UCGCAAAUCUACACCAAGUGGGCAAACUUAGUCUAUUCGUGUAUCGUGCGCGGCUCACUCGUUUGUAUGUCGAAUUCGCUGGCGUUUACCGAUCAGUGUGGUACUCGCUCAUACUAGUAGAAGUUGGUUGGUUGUUUUGAUAUGUGUCGACGACGGACGGCGCUUGGGAAAAAGUUUUCGCCGAAACGUUUUUUUUUGUUUUGCAUUCAUUGUGAUGUUAUGUGAGCUGUGCAACGAGCAUUAGCAAUACAACAACAACGUCACCAAAGUAAUACUUAAAAAUAUGUAGGAGAAUAAAACCGAGAAGAUAGAAAUACAUAAGUGAAAAAAAAACAAAAAUAAAAAUAAAAUAAAAUAUAUAAAAAAGUUAAAAAUAUGAAUUCCAGUUCACUUUUCGCGUUAUACGACAUUCGUUUACCCUGAACUGCAUGUGCGCUAGAUUUGCACAAAUAGAUAAUGGAAUCUAAUAAAAUGUGCGAAAAUCCAACAACUAAAAAGACAAAAACAACAACAAAGAGCGCAACGAAUAUACAUGUGAGAAUUAAAAGUCAGCAACUUGAGAAAUUGCACAAAAUUUACGAACAUCAACGAACUGAAAUCGAGCGAUACUAAAUAGAGGGCAAGAAAGCAAACAUAAAUACAAAAAAUAAAAAAAACACCAAAACCAAAGAAUAACGAAGUGUAUAAAAAAAAAUUACAAAGUCAUAAUUAAACGAUCAGUGUAAAUAAUUUAAAAAAAAAAUAAAAUAAAAAUUACAAAAACGCCAAAAAAAUUUUAUCCAAAUUAAAGCAACUGCUUAAAGGAAUUAAAGAACCAACAACAAUACAAAAAAAAAACCUUGCUACAAUCCAGCUGUGGUGACUAUGUCCGAAACUGAGCUGUAUGACAGCAAAGGCAAUUCCGAAUCCUUCCUGCAAUAUGGCAACGAGAAACCACCACCGAUCGUUGUUGUUGUCGGUGACGGCCGCAGUCGAGUGCGACGUGUGGUGCGCACAGCGACACGUCACGUGACUGUUGUCAGUUACUCGACACGACACAAAGAGACCCGCACCCAUACAUCGCAUCAUGUGACAACUGUGAGUUUCCCACAAAAAUCCAUUGAACGAAGCGGUUCAACCCAAUAUGACAUUGCCGCACCGCCGGGCUCGACAACAUCCGGCUCCACAAUGUCAACGGAUUGUGGUGGCUACGUUUACCUGCAGCAACACUAUAUACCCUCGAGCUCUUCCAGUGCUGCUAUAAAUUAUCCCGUCAUGCCACAAUCUCACAUGAUUUACCAGCAACAUCAUCCACAACAGUAUGCAACCUCGUGCCAUCAACAGCAAAUCGCACAUCAACCAGCAACAGCGGGAGCUGGUGGUAUGCAUCAUGGCCAGCAUGUGAGCUUACAUCACCAGCAUCAUCAUCAUCAUCUACUGCAUGGCCAUCAUCAUCACCACGGUGGUGCCGUUGUGAUUGCAGGCAGUGGUGUUGGCACUGGUAUGGGCGGCAGUGCAGGGGGUAUUGGUGGCGGUGGUCCAGGUAGCACUUCACCAUCGGCAAUGCAGCAGAAUAUGCACAAGAAGAAUUCCAUACGAAAUGGCAGCGAUGUGCUAAAACGUGCACGUGCACAGACAGCAUACGAGCUCUCACAAGAUUUGUUGGAGAAACAAAUUGAACUAUUGGAGCGUAAGUACGGUGGCGUGCGGGCACGUAAUGCUGCCGUAACAAUACAGCGCGCCUUCCGUCAUUAUAUGAUGGUGAAAAAAUUCGCCUCAAUUACCGCAAUGGCCAAAGCUGAGAAGCGUCUUAGUCGCCGUGUACUUAUAGUGUCUGGUGGCGGCGGUGGUGGUGGUAUUGGCGCCGACGAUGGACCCGCUUCCAACUCAUCACUGUCCUCGGCAUAUGGCAGUGCAACUGAAUCUCAGCUGGAUAUGAUACAGCAACAACAGCAGCAGCAGCAAAUACAAGCACAACAGUCACAAACACAACAACAGCCGCGCGUUACCAUCUUGGCUGGUCCACCGGGUAGUGUGGGUGCUGCAUCUGUGCCCAUUGUCUCGUCAAAUGCCAUGUCAUCGCGCACACCACCCACGCGGUCACUAUCGAUGCGCGAGCGUCGUCAGCAGGAUGGCAGCCCCAUUCCACGCAGUCAGUCAGGUGCCUCAUCGGUUCCCAUUGGCGGUGGCGGCUCCUCCGCCUCUUCAACAUCUUCGGGCACACUCGGCUCGGCCGGUUCCACGCAUCCACAUGUAAAUCUACUACAUGCCACCGAACCGCAUUUCUAUGGCAGCCAACAUCUGGCCACCCAUUACUAUCAUGUGCCACCACACGAAGCCAGUUACGCCAGCUCGGCGAGCAAUUCUCAGUUGGAUAGCUCGUUGAAUACCUCGUGGGCGAGCGUUGCCAGUGGCACGUCGCCACACACCCCUUACUAUUCUGCGGCACAGAUUUACAUGCGACCAAAAGGUGCGCCCGGCAGCACUUCUGCCGAACGGAAAAAGGUACCACCCGAAGUGCCUAAGCGCACCUCCUCCAUCGCAGCACAGCAGCAUGCGCAACAUCUUGCCGCACAACAGCAACACCAACACAUGCUAAUGAUGCGCCAAACACCGCCACCCCCCUCGUUAUUGCGCUCGAAUGGGCUGUGUAAGAGCGCCGAGAAUGGCAGUCUCACAUCUGUGCAGAGUUCAGGUAGCGAUUCCAGCGUCACAUCAGCUGAUCGCAUUGCAGUGAAUAGUGAUAUUGGUUCAGAUCGUUCGAAUUCACCACAAACUUGGAAACGUAAUACAGCGCUGUCGAGCUCACAACAGUUCGUACACAAUGUUGAUACGUCAGCAGUCACAUUUAGUCUCGCCCAGCCAACAGCUGCCAUUGUGGCAGGUAGUGUAGUUUCUGCUGGAGUUGUUGGUGCGCCCAAUACAGCGGAUGAUCAUGCCGUGUCAUCGCACACAACUGCAGCACAGUACGAACAGCACGACCAGCAGCAGGAUCAUAACUUGAAUGCAACGGCUCCAUUGCAGAAUUAUAAGGUUUCAGAAACGAUACGUAAACGGCAGUAUCGCGUCGGCUUGAAUUUAUUUAAUAAGAAGCCGGAGAAGGGCAUCACAUAUUUGAUACGACGUGGAUUUCUUGAGAACACGCCACAGGGUGUAGCGCGUUUUCUCAUCUCGCGGAAGGGUUUAUCGCGACAGAUGAUCGGCGAGUAUUUGGGGAACCUGCAGAACCAAUUCAAUAUGGCGGUGUUGAAUUGUUUCGCGAUGGAGUUGGACCUUUCCGGCAUGCAAGUAGAUGUGGCAUUGCGCAAAUUCCAGGCUUAUUUCCGCAUGCCGGGUGAAGCACAGAAAAUUGAGCGUUUGAUGGAGGUGUUCUCGCAGCGUUUCUGCCAGUGUAACCAGGACAUAGUUGGACGACUGAGAUCAUCAGAUACGAUCUUUGUACUGGCCUUCGCCAUCAUUAUGCUAAACACCGACUUACACACACCAAAUCUGAAGCCAGAGCGCCGUAUGCGUGUGGAGGAUUUCAUUAAGAAUUUGCGUGGAAUUGACGAUUGUCAUGACAUCGAAAAGGAUAUGCUUGCUGGCAUUUAUGAGCGCGUGAAGGCUAAUGAAUUCAAACCGGGAAGUGAUCAUGUGACACAAGUGAUGAAGGUGCAGGCCACCAUUGUGGGCAAGAAGCCCAAUUUGGCGUUGCCGCAUCGUCGCCUCGUCUGCUACUGUCGCCUCUAUGAAAUACCCGAUGUAAAUAAGAAAGAACGCCCUGGCGUACAUCAGCGCGAAGUUUUCCUCUUCAACGAUCUGCUGGUGAUUACCAAGAUAUUUAGUAAGAAAAAGUCAUCCGUGACCUACACGUUCCGGAACAGUUUCCCGCUAUGUGGCAUGGUUGUCUCACUGCUUGACGUGGCCAACUAUCCAUUUUGCAUACAACUUUCGCAAAAGGUCGACGGCAAAAUAUUGAUCACAUUCAAUGCGCGUAACGAGCACGAUCGUUGCAAGUUUGCCGAGGAUCUAAAGGAGUCCAUAAGCGAAAUGGACGAGAUGGAAGCGUUGCGUAUCGAAGCCGAGCUGGAACGACAGAAAUCGGCGCGCAAUCGCACAGCCGGGAGUUCUGAGAAUCGUGACAGUGGCGUAGCUGACGUAGAGGUGGGCGCCUAUCAGGCAACACCAGCAGGCGAAUUAGCACCAAACGCGAACGACGCAGCGCAACAAUUGAAACGGAGUGCGCUCAGCAACAGUCUGCUCGAUAUGCACGAGCAAUUUGGCAACGAGAAGCCACAACGGCGUGGUAGUGUCGGUUCUUUGGACAGCGGCAUGUCUAUCUCCUUUCAAUCGACCACCACUAGCAGCGCAUCGCGCGAAAAUGCUGCCGUCAUUGCAGCGGCCGCCAAUGCAGCAGCGGCCAAAAUGCGCUUCAAUUUGCCUACCGGCACCGCUGUAGCAAUGGGCGGCAAUAUGAGCGCUGCCAUCGUUUAUCCCAAUGCUUCCAGCUCUUAUUCGCAUGCUGCAGCAGGCUUUGUCAGCCAACCGCAUGCUAUACUCAUGCAACAACAAUUGGCAGCUCAGCAACAGCAACAGCACCUACAAAGCAUGCAACAACAGCAGCAGCAACAACAACAGCAAGUGCAUGCCGCUAUGCAGGGCUCAAUGACAGGACGAGUGCCGGGUAGCGGGCGCGAGCGUAAAUUAUCCCGUUCCGAUGAAAGUGGACGUUCCACCGAAGUGUAAAAAGUGAAAGAGUAGUGAAACGAGAUGGACCAAAAUAAAUGCACGCCUACGUACUUGUGCGGUAGGGGAAGAGAAACAUUUUAUUUUAGUGUCCGCAUUUGAGCGGAUGCAGAAAAGUUUUGUAAAGUAAAAGUUGAGUUUUUUAAUUUUUUUGUUUCGCUUAACGUUACGUUUCGAGAGAAGAAAAUAAGGUUUUGUUACGUUAUUUUCUUUUGUCGAACUGCUUAUUCGUUUGACAAAUUUCUAAAGUGCGAAUGCGUGAAAAUAAAAAUAUUUAAUGUUUCACAUGUAAAGCAAAAAAAUCAAAUUUACAAUUACUUUUGAUCACAAGUAAGCAUGGAAUCAUAACGAUUUCGCUCUUCCAAAGAAACAGCAACAAAAUGUUAUAGGUUAAAAAGUCUUAAUUGUUAUUGCAUUUCUGUGACAAUUAUGCCUACGCUAGUGGAACAGUCAGGGUUAACACCCGGCCAAGAACUUUGACUCCAGCAGCAUGCCAGAAAAAUGUAUGUCUAAUGUUUUAUGCUGGUAGUACUGCAACUACAACUGAAGUGAUGGCUUAGCAAAACUUUUCUCUAUUCUAGGAGUCUUACAAGUGCAUUUCGUUUGAACGUUUAUUUUUCCAGUUGCAGUUAAGUUUGCAUUACUCUUUAAGUUAUCGUAAGCUCUGACCAAAUUCUGUCACAAAACAGAGUAACAAACCUUAUUUUUUUGGUUUAAAACCUUUAAUUUUGGAUAGUUGGUAAACUACACGCGUUUGAAAUGCUUUUGAAUGUAUUAAAUAGAAAAAUCAGUAAUAAAGGAAAUACUAAGUAAAUAUA